AUGUCCUCCACGCCAUUCGAUUUUGCGAACCAGGGUCGUAUUGCGCAGCUGGCGCGCACCUACUGGCUUUCAUCUGUUGAUUCGGACCGUCAUGAGAUGCCAAGAAAAAACUUUCAGCCAGACCUCGUGGAGCGAAUUUACAAAGAAGAUUUAAUCAGUUUUGGGUUCUCACAUCGGCGCUGCAUGGUCCUUGAAUUGGCACAGUACCUAGAGUGCUGGCUGUGGCCACAUUUUGGUGAGGCUAGUAGCCGGGCUCAUGUUGUUUCUAUCUGCGCCAUGGUGAAUGAAAAAGCACGUGAACGGGUACCAGUCUGGCAAUGCUUCCUCGACAAUCCUGAAAAAUUUGGCCUCCUGGUCUAUCGCGUAAUUGAAAUGCUUAUAGACGAUUCGAUUACCCCAGACCUUCUCUUCUCCAUGUCAGAUGACCCUAAGUUAGAGAAAGAACGCGAGAGCCUUCGUAAAUGCAUCACGGAACACAUUGUUCUCGUUACCUUCCUCUCUCAUUGCCUGACUAGUCUCGCCGAAGUAGGUGUACUGCGUCGCUGUCUAAAAGACAUAUAUUCUUUGGCCGUUUGGCGCCAUCUACAACCACAGCGACUAGAGUAUGAGUUGGACGCGGGCCCACCGCGUUACCGAAAACUUCUAAAUAAACUGGAAAAGCGAGCAGCCGCUCUUGAGAAUGCCAACGAGGCACAAAGGCUAUCCAGGCAACGUGCUUUUGUGGCCAACUUUCUAGACAAGUUCUUGGCAAUGUUGGAGGCUUUACCUGCUGACAAGGAGCUUGAUCCUCUACUCUCUCAUUACCUGCAUCGAAGCCUGCUUCUCUUGAUAGAUCUCUCGAGCAUGCUUCUAACGCGUCGAUUUCUAAUGGUUUUAAUGGAUGAUCGCCAUACCGUGAUUCGCUGCCGGAGUUGCGCUCUGUACAAGGAGGAAGGAAAAAAAGAAGGUUGCUUGUUUUCUGAACUCGUCGAUAUCUUCGCUUUUUACGCCCAAUUUCAGGUCGAUUUGACUACAGGAGAGGCAAUGGACCCUGCCGAAUUGGACCAGAGGCACUGCGCGCAGUUAAGUAGGCUUCAAAUGGCUGUUUUCUCGGAAAGCAGGGAAGGCAUAUUCCGCGAUUUUGCAGUAGCAAAUCCUGCUGCCUACGAAUCCCGGGAAAAGUUGACGGAUUUUCUGCAAAAAUUGUCCUACGACCAAUUGUAUGACCUUGCGGCAAAAUUCCACUUUUUACCACCGUUAAACAAGCAGGAGGGGAUCGAGGAUCAAGAUAAACCGCAUCCUGCGAAAAAACGGAAGAUAAGCGAGCCGUCAGCUCUCUCUGUGAACUCUUUUCCACCACGCUUCUCGGAUACGCUAUUCCAAAAAGAUAUGCUAAUUAAGCUUCUUGUAUACCACUUCGCUGUGCAGCAGUCUCAUCUUGCUCAAAUGAACAAUGCUCCUUUGUAUCCCACUGAAGAGCUUCUCUGGAACGAGAAUCUGGUUCCAAAUGAAUUCUUCUCCGGUGACGAAUGCCUUGCACUGCCUAAACUCGGUCUUCAAUUCCUCACUCUACAGGACUACUUAAUGCGCAACUUCACUCUCUUUCGACUGGAGUCAACAUUUGAAAUUCGACAGGACCUGGAGGAUUCCUUGAGUCGCAUGAAACCCUGGAGCGGGGAACAGGGUCAAGUCGUCUUCGAUGGUUGGUCACGCAUGGCCCUACCCAUUCAAUCUUUCAACAUCAUUGAAGUUGGAAAGCCAGCCUUGGGCGCCAAACAUCCCUCGCGAGUGCGAGCCGAUGUGCGAGUUGUGCUGGCUGGGCUGCGAGAAGAUGUUCAGAAGGAGUGGCAGGGCCUUCGGCGCCACGAUCCCGUCUUUCUUGUCACCGUCCAACCUAAAAGUCAACAAAGGAAUUGGAGGUUUAAUCCACGCAAACCAUUCCUCUCCCAGAUCGGCAUUUUGGCAGUUCGUGGUUGCGAAAUUGAAGGCCAGGUCGACAAAGCGGGGAAACUCAUUCCUGAUGAAGAGCGGUUCGGCUUAGUUCCAAGUAAAGAACAGUUCGAUGCUGCAACGACCGCUCCAACAUGGCGGGUUUCUCUCGACGCUUGCCAGUAUCAGGAGGACAUAAAUCGUUUGCGUAAUGAAAAGAACCGCGGAAAGGUAAUCCGCGCAGAAAUAGCUCGAGCGAGGCGCGAGGGACGCUCGGCGGAGGCCAUCGCCUUGCUCGAGCAGAAGGCCUUCGAGGCGGAGGCCGUGUCGCCCGAGGACAUCUACGACACCUUUAACGUGCUAGUGCGUAGAAAGCCCAAGGAGAACAAUUUCAAGGCUGUUCUCGACACCAUUCGAGACUUAAUGAACACGCGUUCUGUCGUGCCUGACUGGCUGUUAGAUCUGCUUAUGGGCUACCUUGAUCCUGCCGCUGCCCAUUACUCUCGUCGACCUAACUUCUACGAACCUCGCCAGAACUGGUUUGAUACCUUUCUCUCUGCUGUUCACAUCCGCACGGCCUUCCCCCAAUACGACAUCAAAUUCAUAGAUGGUCGCUACAAGCAACAAGAAAAAGAUUCUGCGGAAGUGCCCUCUGCAAAUAACGUUGCUGACCUUCCACCCCCAUAUCGCAUAACAUUCCCUCCGUUGAGCGAAGAUCCGACCGUCAAGGUGGAGGCCUGUUUGUCAAACGAACAGGCUGUGGCCACAAAAAUGUCAGAAUCAAAGACGGCCUUAGUCGCAGAAGAGUCCCAAACGAAACCCGUACUCACGGUUGAGUCAUACACGCCUAUUGGCUGUCACGUGCCCUGGCAUUUACUCACGAUCGACUGUCCUACCUGGUUGCCUGGGUCUACUUCCACCGGGCUAAAGCCAGGCAACCGGAUAGCCUUCACUCCACGACAGGUGGAAGCCAUCAGAGCUGGAAUGCAACCCGGUCUCACCAUGGUAGUGGGACCUCCGGGCACAGGGAAAACGGAUAUCGCCGUGCAGACCAUCCACAACCUCUAUCACAAUUAUCCCAGUCAAAGAAUAUUGGUUGUUACGCAUUCCAACCAAGCGUUAAACCAAUUAUUCGAGAAAAUUAUCGCAUUGGAUAUCGACGAGCGCCACCUCCUCCGUCUGGGUCACGGUGAGGAGGCGCUGGCAACUACGAAGGACUUCUCCCGCUACGGCCGCGUGGACUUCAUUUUGUCCAAGCGACUCGAACUUCUGCAGAAGGUCGUGCUUUUGCGCAAGAGCUUGGAACUGGAACUGAAGGCAGCCGAAGAGGUAUCUAAACCCCAAGACGGCAAAGAUGACGAAUCAGCUGCUUCCGAACCAACACCCUUGACCAAGGACCUUGAUGCAAACGCUCAUCAUCUGUACACCUGUGAAACAGCACAAUACUUUUUCCUGCAAGAAGUACUUCCACGUUGGGAAAAAUUUGUUGCCGGAGCCGCUCAGCUUCUGAAAAAGGGGGGCGAAGCUAGCGCCAACCAAGCAGAUUUCGUGCGCACGAAUUUCCCCUUCACUUCUUUCAUCACCGGCAUGACGAAUCCAUCCGAGGAACUUAAACGGCAGAUCUUCCCUAGUGGAAAACUAGAAGAGGACCUGUCGGUAGCACGCUCCUGCUUUCGCGCAAUCUCCGCUAUUUUCAACACACUGGAGGAAUUCAGGGCUUUCGAGUUGAUGAGAACGGGCCUCGAGCGCGCCAAUUUCCUGCUCACCCAAGAGGCUAAGAUAGUUGCAAUGACCUGCACUCAUGCCGCUCUCAAACGCCGGGAUCUUGUCCAGUUGGGUUUCACAUAUGACACCAUCAUAAUGGAAGAAGCUGCCCAAAUCCUUGAGAUAGAAACCUUUAUUCCACUGUUGUUACAAAAUCCGGAUAUCUCUGGAUGCAACCGAUUGAAGCGGUGGAUCAUGAUUGGCGACCACAAUCAACUUCCACCAGUUGUAAAAAAUCAGGCCUUCAACAACUUUUCAAACAUGGGCCAGUCACUUUUCACCCGUCUGGUGAAGCUAGGUGUACCGACUAUUCAAUUAGAUGCACAAGGCCGAACACGCCCCUCAAUCGCGCGACUCUACAGCUGGCGUUAUGAGCGCCUUGAUAACAUUCCACAUGUUAUCACUGGGCAGGAGUACAAUUUAUGCAACCCUGGCUUCCGUUAUGAGUAUCAGUUGGUCAACGUUGAAGAUUAUAAGGGCGUUGGGGAGUCGGAACCAAGUGCCUACUUUUAUCAAAAUCUUGCUGAAGCUGAGUAUGUUGUGGCGACCUUUAUGUAUAUGAGAAUUCUCGGAUAUCCAGCUGAUCGAAUCGCUAUCCUGACAACAUACAAUGGCCAGAAGCAUCUCAUUCGUGACGUGAUUGAAGCGCGUUGUGCACAAAAUCCACUUUUGGGGAAGCCGAGAACUGUAACCACCGUCGACAGGUUCCAGGGUCAACAAAACGACUAUGUGCUGGUGUCCUUGGUGCGUACAAAUACCGUGGGUCACUUGCGAGAUGUGCGUCGUCUUGUGGUUGCCUUGUCAAGGGCACGCCUUGGUCUGUACAUCUUUGCACGCGUUGACCAAUUCGCAAGCUGUCAGGAAUUGCGCCCCGCUUUUGACCGUCUUCUCGGACGACGAGGCCUUGGACCUGGUGGAGAUAUCCGUCCCACGCGCUUACAUUUGACUCCCUGGGAAACUUGGAUGGAUCCUCGAGAUCCAGCUUCCGCUUCUCUUCGUCACAUGAAUGCAAGGCUUGAUGCUCAACCUGUUGUCGUUGAGGAUAUGCCUGCAAUGGCCACGUACGUCAGCAAGCUCUAUGAAGACCGUGUAAAGACUAUGAUUAGUCGGUAUGCGGUCACCAAGGGUGCUCGAAGGACUGGUGCCUCCAAAGUCGUUCCCGGGGUUAGUGCAGAGGCUCCGCCUGCUGAUUCCAUAAAGCAAGAAGCGUCUGUAGGGGAGAAUGCCUCAGAGGCGAAUGCGGACAAAGAAAUGGAUUUAUCAGUUCCCGUGGAACAGAAAAAUGAUAUGGACAGUGGGAUUCCUACUACCUUGAAAUUCGAGGAUAUCAAACAGGAACCUGAAGAAAAGUCCAUGGAGGCUCAUGAGUAG